GGGAAUACUCCACUCUACCCACGUUACCGGUCGCGUAUAUUUGCCGUUUCUGUUGAAAUCUACGCAAAAGACAAACGUUGCUCGUGUCCUUUGGGGUGUGUUCUUACGAGAUGAGUUCUUGCCAUCCUUCUUCUGCCCUGAUUAGAUCUGCUCCCAUGGGAUGAUCGAUAUAUGGGUCUAAUUCCCUGAUAAGCAACAAGGAAGGAGGGGAGAUGGGUUGGUGUGAUUCCAAUUUGAUAUACUCCCUCCUCAUCACUUUCACUGCUGCAGUCAUCACCUACAACAUAAUAGUCUCUUCCCAUGUCGCCCCACCUUUCACGAAAGAGUUCAGAUUCCCGUCUUCCUCAUCUCGGUCUUCAUCGUCCGGACAUGUCACUAUUGACCCAAUCAUCGGAAUGCCCUCACAGAUCAAGAAGGGAAGCAAGAAGCUCUUCCACACAGCCGUCACGGCUUCGGACUCCGUGUACAACACUUGGCAAUGUAGGAUUAUGUAUUACUGGUUCCAGAAGCACUGGAACAGGGACGGUUCAGAGAUGGGUGGGUUCACGAGGAUUCUGCACUCCGGGAAGCCGGAUAAGUACAUGGACGAGAUCCCCACGUUCGUCGCCGACCCCCUCCCCGCUGGCACAGAUCAGGGUUAUAUAGUGCUCAAUCGACCUUGGGCUUUUGUUCAGUGGCUUCGCAAUGCUGAUAUAAAAGAAGACUAUGUACUGAUGGCAGAACCUGACCAUCUUAUCAUCAAGCCCAUUCCUAACCUGUCAAAAGGCGGAAGCCCAGCUGCAUUUCCAUUUUUCUAUAUUGAACCAAAAAAAUAUGAGAAGGUGCUCAGGAAAUUCUUCCCAGAAAAUGAGGGACCAAUCACAAAUAUCGACCCAAUUGGGAACUCCCCUGUUAUCAUAGAGAAGGUAUCUCUUAAGGAAAUUGCACCUACAUGGAUGAAUGUUUCUUUAGCGAUGAAAAAGGAUCCUGAAACUGACAAAGCAUUUGGUUGGGUUCUAGAGAUGUACGCUUAUGCUGUUGCAUCUGCAUUGCAUGGCAUCAGGCACAUUCUUUAUAAGGACUUCAUGAUUCAGCCUCCUUGGGACAAAGAAAUUGGUGAGAAGUUCAUAAUUCACUAUACCUAUGGGUGUGACUUUGAUUUACAGGGAAAGAUGACACCUGGCAAAUAUGGGGAGUGGAGGUUUGAUAAAAGAUCAUAUGGUACAACUGUUCCCCCAAGAAACCUUCGGCUGCCACCUGCUGGAGUCCCUGAAAGUGUGGUGAUGUUGGUAAAAAUGGUGAAUGAAGCGACAGCAAAUAUACCUGAUUGGGGAGCAUAAUCAUCUAACAAGAUUCAGGUGUUCUCUGUGCAUUCCUCUAACCAUGCGAUAUAUUUACAUGAUUAAUGUGUAAAUGAGGUAUUACCAGUUAUUUUAUUAAGCACAAUUUGCAAUUUCCUUUUCGUUUGUUAGUGAGUAAAGAUAUGAUCCAUCAUCAUGUACCAUGUCCCACUCAGCUCCACUUCAAUAUUGAACACCUUUCACAAGGAUUAGAGUUGUAGAUGUCAGAGCACCUGAUAUUAUAAUAUUAUUUACUCCAGAAAUUCAUUCAAACGCAUUGUUUCGCCCUUCAAUAACCUAAUAUUUUUUUUAUCUUGUCGGAUGUCUCUCUCUUAGUAACAUGUACAAACAUGUAUUCUACGUGUUGAGCUGAGCCUUGGUCGAUUCCUUCUACUGCCAAUGCACGCUUGACAGGCUACCAGAAGGCACAAAAUAAUGAAGCUCGAAAAAUGUUUCUGCAAGAUUAGUAUUUCAGGCGAGGAAAAAAAAAAUGCAUGUUAAUUAUACAUGCAACUGCUGUCCUCAGUAUAAGCGUUUUCUGCACGGGGCGUCUUGGUUUCUGCUGCAUAUUACAUAGCAGAGCUGUCAAUCCUCCUACUAUUUGCUAGCGAAUUGAUACUCUUCAUUUUCUAGGUGUCAUGUCCUGGUGUGCAAUAACGAAAAAUGGCAUCAUUCCCAUGCGCUUUUUGCCAAAGAAAAAAGGCUUAAUUUCCAAUUGAUUUGAGAAUUCUCUUUAGGCAGACCUUGUAAGAUCACUUUUGAAGGCAUUUCUCGGAUAUUUUUGUCGAUCAUUAGCAUUUAUAAAAAUAUCCUUUUCGUUUCC